UUCUUGACAUCCACCACCACCACCACCACUCAAUCGUUCUUCUGCAGCACCAUGUCCAUCGAUCUCAGUAAGCUUGAGGCUCACUUGGCCACCAGGUCGUACGUUGAAGGAUACACUCCUUCUCAGGCCGAUGUUCAUGUUUACAAGGCCAUUUCCUCCCUGCCCGGCGACUCCUACCCAAACGUAACCAGGUGGUACACACACAUCAAGUCCUAUGCCGCGGAGCAUGGUUCUCUCCCCGGAUCCAGCACUGCGGGAGAGGCAUUCUUCACUUCCGCAGCCGCUCCAGCCGCUGAGGAUGAUGAUGAGGUUGAUCUCUUCGGUGACGAUGACGAGGAAGAAGAUGCGGAAGCAGAGCGUAUCAAGGCGGAGCGUGUCGCCGCGUAUAACGCCAAGAAGGCCAACAAACCUAAGACUAUCGCUAAGUCUGUCGUCACUAUGGACGUCAAGCCUUGGGAUGACGAGACGGAUAUGAAGGCUCUUGAAGACUCCGUUCGCUCCAUCGAGCAAGACGGCCUUGUCUGGGGCGCUAGCAAACUCGUUCCGAUCGGUUACGGCAUCAAAAAAUUGCAGAUCACUCUUGUCGUCGAGGACGAAAAGGUCUCUACUGACGAGCUCCAGGAAAAGGUUCAAGAAUUCGAAGACUACGUCCAGAGCACUGACGUUGCCGCCAUGCAGAAAUUGUAAAUAGGACAUCGACGUGAGAAUGUGUGCAAUAGAGCAUUACAAAAUUGUGUUUUUAGUCAUCCUGCAAUAAGAUAAGCAAAAGUUACCUGUACUAUUGUCCCUGUCCUUUCAAGCGUUGAGUGCAAUGUACGGAAUCAUCUGUUUGUCCAGGUACCGAAAGCUGAUAAUGCAUUCAUUUCGGAC